UCGUCGUCUGAAUCUGUUAGUCUGAGACCGACCAGCAACAACACCACAACCAAUGAAAGCGUAACAUCUCCCAAAAAAUAAUGGGAAAUUGAUUAACAAACAGAUUUUGUCCUCAUUCUCUACCAACGCUGUGUGUUCACUGGGAGCUGGAAGACGAAGAUGCCCCUUUUCUGUUCGCUUGAGGAGCUGCUGUGUGGGGGAGAGGGGAACAUCCUGUGGCGUUUCCUGUGUUUGUAAACUAGACGGUCGUGAAAACGUCGGGCGACUGAAGCUGAAAGUUUUAAUGCUAGAUGAGUGAGGUGGGUGUGGCUUCCCACCAGCCCGACCAUCCUGACUGACGGAUCUCUGGAUGACCUUGUCCCCACCCCUGUCCCUGCGCUCACAUACACCACAGCAAUGUCACAUCUGCCCAGCAGCUCAGUCCGCGACCAUAUGAAAUGGGUUUGUUUUGAGAACACCAAAGCGGGGCUGCUUGGCUGCGAGGCCGUCCUCUCCAGCAUGGCCCUGAUGCAAGCUAGCUCCAUGGCCGCUCCGCCCAAAAAAAUGAUGGCUCCACUUGGCCACGGACCCCCGCAGAGAGAGGCACCUGACCGUGCUCCACAGGGCCAUAUGAUCCUCCCCUCUGGAAUGAGCUGUCCUCCCCUGGUUAGGACCAACUUCGGAAAUCUCAUCCGGAAGGAAGGUGAAUUCCAAGCUCCCCGCCUGCUGGAUGAGAAGGAGAUGAGGGCCAACGAGGACAUGCAGCAGAAAAAAAAGAACAGGAAAUCAGUUACGCCCUGCAAAGUGAGAGAACAAGAAGGAAGGGGAGGGAAGGGCACAGGUGGAGAUGAGAAUGGUCCAGCUUCCAAAGUGCAGAAAAACUUUAUUUGUGAUCACUGUUACGGAGCAUUUAGGAGUGGAUACCACCUGAAGAGACACAUCCUCAUUCAUACAGGGGAGAAGCCGUAUGCUUGUGCCGUUUGUGACAUGAGGUUUAUUCAGCGUUACCACCUGGAGAGACACAGCCUCAUUCACACGGGGGUGAAGCCGUACGCUUGUUCCAUGUGUGACAUGAGGUUUUUCCAGCGUUACCACCUGGAGAGACACAGACUCACUCAUACGGGUAUGCGUCCUUUUACCGUACCCAGUUCAAGGGUGAAGCCGUACGCUUGCUCCAUGUGUGACAUGAGGUUCUUCCAACGUUACCAUCUGGCAAGACACAGCCUCACUCAUACUGGGGUGAAGCCAUACGCUUGCUCCAUGUGUGACAUGAGAUUUUUCCAACGCUACCACUUGGCAAGACACAGCCUCACUCACACGGGGGUGAAGCCAUAUGCUUGCUCCAUGUGUGACAUGAGAUUUUUCCAGAGAUACCACCUGGCAAGACACACUCUCACCCAUACGGGGGUGAAGCCAUACGCUUGCUCCAUGUGUGACAUGAGGUUCUUCCAGCGUUACCAUUUGGCAAGACACAGCCUCACUCAUACUGGGGUGAAGCCGUAUGCUUGCACUAUGUGUGACAUGCGGUUUAUACAACGUUACCAGCUGGAGCGGCACAGUCUUACUCAUACAGGGGUGAAGCCGUACGCUUGCACCAUGUGUGACAAGAGGUUUUUUCAGCGCUACCACCUGGCGAGACACAGCCUCACUCACAUGGGUGUGAAACCUUAUGCGUGCACCAUGUGUGACAUGAAGUUUUUUCAGCGUUACCACCUGGCGAGACACAGCCUCACUCAUACGGGUGUGAAACCUUAUGCUUGCACCAUGUGCGACAAGAGGUUUUUUCAGCGCUACCACCUGGCGAGACACAGCCUCACUCAUAUGGGUGUGAAACCUUUUGCUUGCACCAUGUGUGACAUGAGGUUUGUUCAGCGUUACCACCUGGCGAGACACAGCCUCACUCAUACGGGUGUGAAACCUUAUGCUUGCACCAUGUGCGACAAGAGGUUUUUUCAGCGCUACCACCUGGCGAGACACAGCCUCACUCAUUUGGGUGUGAAACCUUUUGCUUGCACCAUGUGUGACAUGAGGUUUGUUCAGCGUUACCACCUGGCGAGACACAGCCUCACUCAUACGGGGGUGAAGCCGUAUGCUUGUUCCAUGUGUGACAUGAGGUUUAUUCAGCGUAACCACCUGGAGAGACACAGCCUCACUCAUACGGGAGAGAAGCCAUUUGCUUGUGACAUGUGUGAUAUGAGGUUUAUCCAGCGCUACCACCUUGAGAGACACAAGCGUGUCCAUAGUGGGGAGAAGCCUUACCAGUGUGAGCGGUGCCAGCAGAACUUUUCACGGACAGACAGGCUGUUGCGGCACCGGCGGUUGUGCCAGGGUCGCGGCGUAGCCAAAGUGGAGAACCAGCCAUGCUGCGAACCGCGCCCAUACGGCCAAGAACCUCCACCCGCACCUCAGACCUGGAGCCCCCUGCACCCCCCUCCAGGCCGACUGGCAGUCUGACAUUCCACCCUUCCCACAUCCACAACAAUGCCAGAGACCGGAGGAGCCACAGGGUUUCUUCUUCUGCGCUGAGUGACGCCACACUCCAGCGUGGUCUGAUCUUGCAGCUCCAUUCUUGGGAUUACUGAUGACCGAGGGACAUUUGUGUCUUUGUUUUGUUGACUUUUUACUGUGUUUCCUUUUCUCCCCGUUUUUUUUUAAAGAUGAGACUUUUCUGUGAUGAACAGUGGUCCUGUUUUGUACUUAAUCUAUUUGAUUUUUGCAAAAAAAAAAGUUUUUAUUGUUGUUCAAAUAUAUCUGCAUUUGGUGGUACUCGGGAAGGGCUGUAGGUAUUGUUUAUCCAGACGUGUUAGCAACAAAAUGGGAUGAGUUGGUGGUGAGAAAAAGUAUUUGAGCUUCUUUCUGAUUUUCAUGUGGCCCAUUUUGUAAAACACAAGAAUCAUCGCUUUGCACAAAAUGGGCCAAAAACCAACUGAUCAUAAGAAAUUAGGUCAAACACAGUUUUCUGCCUCUGAGAUAUCCUAAGGAAACCUGAGUAACUAAGUGUUUUUUAAAACAAAAUGAAUAUCAAACUGCUUCAUAACUGUAAACCAGGACUUCCAGGAAGUGGUGAAGAGGUGCAGCCUGCAGGUUUGGGUCACAGGAGCAUCACCUGUGUGUCUCAUGUUCUGUGUCAUGUCUGACGUACUGAGCACUCGGGGAAACGGCCCAUGAUGGCAGGCGUAUAUAUUUUCAGCUGUAUAUACGCAGAGAUCUGCAGUACGUAACAGAAAGGCCCCCGCUUGCUCUGAAUAGCACAGGUUGGCCACUUGAAGUCCCAUUAUGUUGUCUGUACAGAUACUCUCAUUAUGAGAUCAGCGAGGGUAUACACAAUCUUGUGGCCUUAGUGUGUUUUGUUUAUAUUCUUUUGGCUUUUUUUUCCUCAGCCAUUUAUUAUUAUGGUUCAGAUGUAUGACGAGACAGCCAGUCUUCAUCAUGGUAUGUUUUGUUUUCUAAUCCUAAGCUGCCGUGGUUACAGAAUGUUGACGGCAUCAGUGGCGCUAAAACAAACUAAUGUGUUCUCCUGUCGACCUAGGUUGUCUUUUUAUGAUGAUUAAUAUUUUGGGUCAUUGUUACUGAUACACACAGUAUGUAAUCCUUGAGGAGCCCCCAAGUCUUUUGACAGUCCUUGUGAGAAGUCGGUAGAGCUGAACUGUUUCCCACUGCAGCGCUCUGGCAGAAUCAACACCUGCUCGACUCUGCUACACACUAACAAUUGCCUUUUUUAUCCAAAUAUUAUGUGGUUGGUGUGUAAUAAUGGAUGUCUGUCAUGUCAUUGGGUUUAGCCUUAAGUAAGUGCGGAUACACAAAGUAAUCAUCGUAGUGCUUAAUGAAAUUGUAAAAACAAUUUAUUUUUACCUAUCAUCAACUUUGAUCAUACUGUGUAAAAGUCUUUGGCGGUCAGACAGUAGAGAGCAGUUAAGCAGAAGGGGAGGGGGGGGCACUUUGCGGCCUGUUAAUGUUUCUCAAACUUGAUCCUUUCUCAGACUGAUGGGCUAAUGUGGCAUUGUCCUGACCGUUCUGUUUAAGUCAGAAAUGGCAGUGUUGGUGUGGGAGACGGACAUAUUAAGUCUUCACAACUGUCAGAGCAACAUCACAGAAAGCAGCCCGGCUACCUUCAGGGGACAGGAUGUUUUGUUGUUUUUAUUUCAAGGUCCAGAUAAGCUUCAGUGAAUGUGGAGAUGGAAUCCCAGAGUGCGUCACCUGGUCUCUGAGGGAACAGGUGUUUGUUACAAAUAAGAAAACUAUUACUGCGUUAAGCGGUAUUUUACAGUAUUAUUGGGAACGUUUCUUUGAAGUGGUCAACGAUAUCAAGGCAAAGUUGUGCGACAGUUUUAAGUGUGUAAAGAAUUGGGAUUUCACAUGUUUUGAUAAGAUUAGACCCAGUGGCAGCAAAGGGGCCAAGUUUGAGAAAUGCAUAAAUUUGCUCUGGAAACACUAUUCCAAAUCAGUGGAAGGGAUACUGCUGUUGCAAGCACAUACUCAACUGGCUAAAGAGCGAAACGGUAUAUAGUUGACACUCGUUAAUAUCAUUUUUUGUUUUUUAUUGUUUUUAGUAUCAAUCUCAUUGUUAAAAUGCAAUAGAAUCCUUGAGUCUCAGAUCAUUUGUUUAUAAGAUUGAAGUUUUUAAUUUUUCAGACGGAUCCGAGGAUUUAUUUGUCUGAGAUUUUCUCAUCACGUUUUGAUGAUUGUUUCAAGGACCUUUUUUUAUUCUGAUACAAUUGUAAACACUGGAGUGAAAAGGAGAAAAAAAAGACAAAAAAUAUGGUUGUUUUUUCCUUCAGACUGUACUAGAUUCUAGGUUUUAGACGAAGCCUAUUUCUCCUCGACUUGACACAGAAGGUGAACAGGACAUUUUGGAUCAGUACAGUUGAGAGCCCAGUAUGUUUGAUAAUUUUGACAUUAUAGGCAGUAGUACCACAAGAAAAAUGUUUUCUUUCUCAUAUUGAAGUCCCUGGUAUUUGUAGUAAAUUAUAUUGAUAAUGGUAUUAGAUGAACAACAGCAUAACAGUAGCUAUCACAGAUUAGUUGUUUUCUUUAUUAGUCUUGCAUGCAGAGUUAUGGUCCUCAGUUAAGACAGGAUCUUGAUAUUGAUUAUUUUGUGUAGGAAAAUGAGUGCAUAAGAAUAACUUCCUAAAAAGAUGUUACAAUGAUUAUUGUAAAAUGGGCUAACUAAUAUGUACCCUUGUGAUCCAAUUAGUUUCAACUAUAUGAAAAUCAGAGGAGAGGCUUCUUACUAUUAUGCUGAAAUAAAAGAAUUUGUAAAGGAA